UCUUUUAUAUCACCCCUUUCCAAAUAGGAGUAUAUUUUGAAUAUCCUGGGAAAAAGAGUUGUUGAAGCGAAGGCUUUGUGAAAACCAAAACCCUCGAUUACUCACUGUUUCCGGCGAUUACCCUAUCACGAUGCAUCAGAAUAGUGGAGCCGCCGAUUUGGCUCAGCUUCAAGCCACCAUGCAAGCAAUCGAAUUCGCUUGCACUUCUAUUCAGAUGCAUAUGAAUCCAGCAGCAGCUGAGGGAACCAUUUUGUCACUAAGCCAGUCUCCUCGGCCAUACCAGGCAUGCAAAUAUAUUCUGGAAAAUUCUCAGUUGGCAAAUGCAAGGUUUCAGGCUGCUGGAGCAAUUCGAGAUGCAGCUUUAAGAGAAUGGGCAUCCCUUGAGAUUGAUGACAAGAGGGGGUUGAUAAGCUUUUGCUUCCACUCUGCUAUACAAUAUGCUAGUUCACCUGAGGGAUAUGUUCAAGCAAAAGUUGCAUCUGUAGCUGCCCAGUUGAUAAAAAGGGGCUGGAUAGAAUUCAGUGCUGCUCAGAAGGAGACAUUUUUCCUUGAGGUGAGACAGGCGAUAGUUGGCAGCCAUGGUCUUGAUGUGCAGUUCAUUGGAUUGAACUUUCUGGAAUCCUUGGUAUCUGAAUUCUCACCUUCUACUUCAACUGCUAUGGCCCUUCCCAGGGAGUUUCAUGAGCAGUGCCGAGUCUCUUUUGAGUUAGAAUAUCUAAAGAUGUUUUACUGCUGGGCACAAGAUGCUGCUGUUAGUGUUUCCAAUAAAAUAAUUGAAUCUGAUUCUGCAAUUCCCGAAGUUAAAGUUUGUACAACAACAUUGCGUCUGAUGCUUCAGAUCCUCAACUGGGACUUCAAAUAUGAUACAAACAUGCCAGACAAUGCAAAACGAGCCAUCGAUGUUUUCUCUGGUGGAGUAAGGGAUGAUGUAAGCUCCUCUAAGAGGACCGAAUGUAACCUAGUGCAGCCUGGAUCCUCUUGGCGGGGUAUACUUGUGUCAAGUGGUCACAUUGGGUGGCUUUUGAGUUUUUAUGGAGCACUGAGGCUGAAGUUUUCAUGUGAAGAAUACUGGCUUGAUUGUCCUCUUGCAGUCUCUGCGCGAAAGCUUAUAGUGCAAUUCUGCUCCUUGUCCGGGACAAUAUUUCCAUCUGGUACUCAUACUAGUUCACCAUCAAGUUUGUGGUUACCUUUUUUUUUUGGCUACAUUAUUCCUGACUCUUGUGAUAGAUGUGGUACAUCUCUGAUUGAAGUUGAGGAUGUUUGCUCUUCAUGAUCGUCAACUCAUGUU